AUGUCCCCCUCUCCUCCUUCCGAUCAUUCACCAGAAUUUGAAAGACUCACCAAGAUUUUCAAAGAGAAAUCUGCUCAACCGCAUUUUAUGCUUCCUACCAAUUACACUUCACGGUCAGGUCGACCAGUGUCAGAGACACUUAGACCAACCAAUUACGGGUCAAUGGAAUCCGACCUUUUAGGAAAUUGGUACGAAGAACUCCAAGCAUACGAACGAAGCUUGGAUGAGAUGGCAGCAACAAAUCUUGAUCAGACUUUUAAAGAGGAAAUGCAACACGUUGAUCAGUGGUAUCGAUAUCUCUCAGAGGCAGAGCGGACAGCAGCAAUUUAUACACUGUUGCAACACUCGUCACAAGUUCAGAUUAGAUUCUUUAUCAAUCUUCUUCAGCAGUUGAUGAAACGUGGCUCGCUCCAUGGACUCUUACACAAUGGAAAUCCCGAGCAAGCAGAUAUCCAAAGCCAGCUAGCUAAAGCGGAGCUCGAUGCAAGCCAGCGUUUAUUGUCUGUCCUGCCUUACAAGACUGGCCAAGUGAGAAGCAGACCACCGACUGUUAAUCGUGCUAGGGCUGUGGAUAGACAUUCAUUUGCUCUCGGAGAUACAGAGGAAUACAACCAACUGUUUGGUCGUUCAGAUUUUGCCGUUCGCAAGACGAAUAGCCUUGUCGUUGAUGAUGCCGUCAAUAACCGAAGAUUAAGCCGACCUCAGAGCAUGGUAGUGGGUGGAUCAACUGUGAAUAUUCCCACCCCUACUGUUAUUAACACCCCAACAAUUAACGCCCCAAGCAACAACGGCAGUAUUAACGUAAGCACAGCGCCAGGAAGCUCGGAAAGUUCGUUGUUUGGACGGCCAAGAUCAGUCGUAGAAGGUGAUCCGUCCAUCUUUUCCAACUGGCUGAGUAGCCCUCGUAGACCUGUUAGUGGUGUGGGAAAUAUUGGAGAUCCAAAAACACCCAACCAACGUCCCAAGUCUGCAGAUAUUUCGAUGUGGUCUCCUGCACCUACUCCAGACAGACCAUUUCAUUCGCCUUGGGCUAUAACUCCCAUGCAAUUUGGUCCUCAACCAUCUGUUUCUUCUUCUUCAGAUAUUGACUUUUCCCAGUGGUCUCUCGAUAAGACCACAUCCACUCCUCGCAGACGUAUCCCUCGUUCUUCGAUCCCAGGCACGGUCCAAGAAACAGACGAAAAAAAUCUCGAGAGUGCUAUGCAGCACAUUAGUAUCCAAGAAAAUAAGCCUAAGGAUACAGAAAAAACAGUCAUCGAAGAACAUGAUGAGAGUGAUCACAGCGAGGUGUCUUGCUUAUCCCACAGACGACCCUCUACCACACCUAGUACUAAAAAAGAAGAUGUUCUUGAUAUGGAACUCUUGAAUGACGUUCCUGCCUGGUUCAGGAGCCUUCGUCUACACAAGUACAAUUCUAUUUUUGAGUCGAUGCACUGGCAGGACAUUAUUCGUCUCUCUGACACAGAUCUUCAAGACAAGGGUGUGGCUGCCCUAGGCGCCAGACGUAAGAUGCUCAAGGUGUUUGAAACUAUCCGAGCCCAGUGCGAUGCCAACCAUAUCGAUUAUGAACCCACUAGAAACCUUUGAGAGGCUUCCAUCACACAUAUAUUCUUUCCAAUAUCUUCUUUUUAUCCCUUAUAUUUUUUUUAUCUAUUCUUCUCCUUGAUCGCUUGCCGGCAAGUUUUUUCUUCUAGUUUAUCACACGCACAUACGCACACACAUACACAAGCACACGCACUCAAUCACAAUCACUAUGUUUUUUCCCUCUCUCUCUCAGACACUUUCUUUUUUAAAAAAUCAUUAUAGUCUUCCUUAAAUCCUGCGUAAUAUAUAUAUAUAUAUAUAUAUAUAUAUAUAUAUAUAUAUGCUUAUAUGUAUGUUUGUAUAUAGUUCCAUGAUUGUGUACCACAAAAGUGCACAGUGAAUUUAUUAUACAAAAUGAAAAUCACAUCACGGGAGUUUCUUCACCAACUUUAGGCAGUCUUGGAAGCGUACUUGAGGGCAAGAGCCUUCUCAGUACCCUUGCGGGCAUGACGCUGGUUACGGAGGAACUUGGCAUCGACACCCUUGAGGGAAGGGUACUUCAUCUGGCUGGGCUUCUUAAGACCGUUACGGUGAGCCUUCUUGUCUAGAAUGGUUGGGUCCACAGUCAGCACAUUAUACUUUGGAUUAAUUUUUAUUCAAAUGAAUGCUCACUCUGGUUGUGGUUGGUGUGGUUCUUGGACUUGGACAUGACGUUUCGUUAUUCCUGCAUUAUUUAAAAUAAUAACAAUAAUAAUAACAAUAACAAUAAUAAUACACAUAUGUGUAUAUUUGUAAGUUUAUCGAUACAUAUACACAUC